AUGGAGCGCAACUCUCUUGAAGGCAAGGUUAUCGCCGUGACCGGAGGUGCUUCAGGCAUCGGACUCGGCAUCGUGCAGAAGUUGAUCACCCUGAAAGCAAAGGUCGCCGUCGCAGACGUCAGCCCCCAGCCGGCCGAGUUAAAGGACUUACCGAAUCUUAUAUACACCAACGUCGAUGUCUCAUCUAGAGAGCAGGUUCACGCAUGGGUCGAGGAGAUUGUGAAGAAAUUUGGCCGACUCGAUGGAAUGUGUGCAAAUGCUGGAAUCUGCCCCUAUGAAGGAGGCAUUGUCAGCGACGAGCUCUACCACAAAAUCUUUGCCGUCUGCGUUACGGGCGUCUGGAACUGCGGGACUGAGGCGUACUGGCAGUUCAAGAAGCAAGGAGGUGGUGGUACCAUUGUCAACACAUCCAGUGGCGCUGGUCUUCGAGCUGUCAAGGGUUUGGCCGUGUACAGUGCGGCAAAGCACGCUGUGAUCGGGUUGACUCGGGCUUGGGCGCUCGAUUGGGCCUUGGAAGGCAUCCGUGUGAACUCGCUGGCGCCAGGCCUCACGGAAUCCGGCAUGCAACGAGCAACGUUUGCGCGAUUCCCAGAUGUUGCCGAGCGACUCGGCUCGGGUACACCAAUGGGUAGAAUGGGCAAACCUCACGAACUAGCCGACAGUGUUAUUUUCCUUCUCGGAGACAGUGCUUCGUAUGUAACUGGGCACGUGCUGAGCUGUGAUGGAGGAAGCAUGAGCGGAGCGUAA